AUGGAGAGGAUUGGAGUUCAACUAGAUCAAGCUAGCAUCUCUUGUUCCAUCUGUCUGGAUCUACUGAAGAAUCCGGUGACUAUUCCCUGUGGACACAGCUACUGUAAGAACUGUGUUAAAGAACAUUGGAAUGGAGAGGAUCAGAAGAGAAUCUACAGCUGCCCUCAGUGCAGGAAAACCUUCACACCAAGGCCCGUCCUGGUAAAAAAUAUCAUCUUAUCAAAGUUAGUGGAGGAACUGAAGAAAACUGGACUUCAAGCUGCUCCAGCUGACCAUGAAACAGUCCCAGCUGCAGCAGAAAGGGCUGAGAAGCAGAAGGAGCUCCAGGUGAGACGACAACAAAUCCAGCAGAGAAUCCAGGACCAAGAGAAAGAUGUGAAGCUGCUUCAACAGGAGGUGGAGGCCAUCAAUGUCUCUGCUGAUAAAGCAGUGGAGGACAGUGAGAAGAUCUUCACUGAGAUGAUCCGUCUGAUCCAGAAAAGAAGCUCUGAUGUGAAGCAGCAGAUCAGAUCCCAGCAGGAAACUGAAGUGAGUCGAGUCAAAGAGCUUCAGGAGAAGCUGGAGCAGGAGAUCACUGAGCUGAAGAGGAAAGACGCUGAGCUGGAGCAGCUCUCAGACACAGAGGAUCACAACCAGUUUCUCCUCAACUACCCCUCACUGUCAGCACUCAGUGAGUCUACACACUCAUCCAGCAUCAAUAUUCGUCCUCUGAGAUACUUUGAGGAUGUGACAGCAGCUGUGUCAGAGCUCAGAAACAAACUACAGGACAUCCUGAAAGACACAUGGACAAACAUCUCACAGAAAGUCACUGAAGUGGAUGUUUUACUGUCAGAACCAAAGACCAGACCUGAGUUUUUAAAAUAUGCAAGCGAGAUUACACUUGAUCCAACCACAGCAAACAGGAAGCUGUUUUUAUCUGAGGGGAACAGAAAAGUAACAUUUAUGGAACAGCAACAGUCUUAUCCUGAUCAUCCCAUCAGAUUCACUGAUUAUAAUCAAGCUCUAAGUAGAGAGAGUCUAACUGAACGUUGUUACUGGGAGGUGGAGUGGAGAGGAUGUGUUGAUGUAGCAGUUUCAUACAAGAACAUCACCAGACCAUUAGCGCUGGACGAUUGA